AUGCUCGAAACCCUCGGUGCGCCUUCGCUGGAGACAGCGGAAGUCGAAGAAACCGCAGACAAAAGGUCGUCUCUUGCGAUGGAUUCCAAGAAUCCCCACACAAAUCUUCGAUGGGAAGUUCCCACUUCUGAGGCUCCUCACCGAGGCGUCGAGCAUUCUGGAAAGACAAACAUCGAUUGUCGAGACGCCCCGGCGAAGCAGGAGACAGAUGUGCACACCGCGCGCCACACUGGGCUCCAUGCUGAGGCCGUUCCCGCAGCGGGCUCCAAGGGGACAACAGGAGACAGGGGCGAGAGGACAACAGGAGACAGUGGACAGGGGCUUUCCCAGGAGACAGGGAAGGAAGCAGGAUUGCGGCAAGGGGAGUGUGAGGCGAGGCGGUUGCUCCAGGGAGAGAUUCUCUGCGACCUGUUUCUGAAUGCACUCGUGUUUUGUCGCGAGGAGGCGUUUUCGGUGGCAGCUACAUCGACGUUUCUUGGCAUUUUAAAAAAGAUUUUGCGCGAGGCGAUGCUCAGCAAACUGACCCCGAUCGAGUCGUUUAGAAGUUUCAAGCAUCUCCUGCUCAAGUACAGCAUCCAGAGACCUCCGAUUUCCAUCAAAGUGUUCAACGUUCGCUGGCUGCACGCUGCGAUGACUUACACCGUCCAAACCUUCUAUCGCCACUACCAGCUGUAUGUACACUGCUUUACCACAAACACAUAUGUUGUUUUCCGGCAGGAGUGUGUCCUCAGACCCGCGGAGAGCCUGACGCAGCACGAAACCGGAACGCUCUCUGACGACGCUGCUGAGACACCUGAACAGGAAAAGACCCGAGGAGACGAGAACUGCAAAGAAUCGCCCCACGCCCGCCCGCAGAUGCACAGAGAGUCGUCCUGGACCCGACUUCUUUGGGGAAAAGAGACAGGGGACAUGAAAGAACCGACCGUCCUGGAAAGCAAGGCCGAGGCGAAAAGAGGCGGAAUGUUUCCCCAGCGAGGCCUCUAG